AUGUCAGUCGAAUUUGAAAUUGUUCAAGUCGAAAAUCCAAACGAGCUCAACUUAAUCUUCGGCCAAUCACACUUCAUUAAGACUGUUGAGGACAUCUACGAGUGCCUUAUUUCCAGUGCAAUGGGAAUCAAGUUCGGUGUUGCCUUCUGCGAGGCUUCCGGCCCAUGCCUUAUCCGCAAGGCUGGCAAUGAUGACGAGCUUGUUGAGCUUGCUGUCAAGAAUGCUCAAAAGAUCGGUUGCGGCCACUCUUUCAUCAUCUUCCUCAAGAAUGCAUUCCCAAUCAACGUUUUACACGCCCUCCGCACAGUCCCAGAGAUUGUUAACUUCUACUGCGCUACAGCUAACUCACUCCAGGUCAUCGUUGCUAAGACAGCACAAGGCCGUGGUGUUUCCAGCGUUAUCGAUGGCUUUGCACCAAAGGGUGUUGAAGGAGAGAAGGAAACACAGGAACGCAAGGACUUCCUCCGCAUGAUCGGCUACAAAUGCAAGUAA